AUGAAUAACUCGGUCUACGGCGUUGCUUUCCGUUCAUUGAGUACCGGUGAUGAAAAGCUGUAUAAGGAAGCUACGAGAUUCUACCAUUCUUUGGGUUUCCAAACGGUAAAACUGUACGAUAAUUUUAAGAACCAUGACGAUUCGAAUUUGAUCGUUGGUACUUCCAAGAACUCUGUUAAGGAAUGUUGGUUGGAAUCGUUCAAGUUGUCUGAACUUGAUUCACAAGGUUUCAGAGUUCCACAACAGGAGGCUUCUAAUCAGCUACAAACUGAUGGUGUUAUGAUCAAGUUGAGGUUAGUGGACACUGAACCCCUAAAUCAAACUGCCGAUACAGUUGUGUAUUACACCGUCAGUUUGGAUGAAGUAUCCAAGAUUGGUGAAAGAGUUGAUGAUCAUAACGUCAAAUUAGUGGAUCCUUUGGGUAACGUGGUUCUUGUCACUGAUUCCCAUGAUGGUAAGGAAUUAAACGCUUCAGAGUUCAUCGCACCUAAGGAUUCUUCAGUAGAACAAAAGAUCACUGUAGAAUUAGUGGAUAAGGAUUCCAAGAAAAAGAAAAUUGCCGUGAUGACAUCUGGUGGUGAUUCUCAAGGUAUGAAUGCCGCUGUCCGUGCAGUGGUUAGAUCCAGUAUCUAUUAUGGAUGUGACGUUUAUGCAGUUUACGAAGGUUAUGAAGGUUUGGUGAAAGGUGGAGACUAUUUGAGAAAAAUGGAAUGGAAGGACGUCCGUGGAUGGCUCAGUGAAGGUGGUACAUUAAUUGGUACCGCUCGUUCCAAGGAGUUCAGAGAAAGAUGGGGCCGUAAGCAAGCUUGUUCUAAUUUGAUAGAUCAAGGUAUCGACGCUUUGGUUGUAAUUGGUGGUGACGGUUCACUAACUGGUGCAGACUUGUUCAGAUCCGAAUGGCCAUCUCUAGUUGAAGAACUAGUGAAGGACGGUAAGUUUACUGAGGACGAAGUUGCUCUAUACCAAAACUUAACCAUUGUUGGUAUGGUCGGCUCCAUCGAUAACGAUAUGUCUGGUACUGAUUCUACCAUUGGUGCUUACUCUGCUUUGGAAAGAAUCUGUGAGAUGGUUGAUUACAUCGACGCUACUGCUAAGUCACAUUCAAGAGCAUUUGUUGUGGAAGUGAUGGGUAGGCAUUGUGGUUGGUUAGGUCUAAUGUCUGGUAUCGCUACCGCGGCUGAUUACAUUUUCAUUCCAGAGAGAGCAGCUCCUCACGGCAAAUGGCAAGAUGAGUUGAAACGUGUUUGUCAAAGGCAUAGAGAAAAGGGUCGUAGAAAUAACACAGUUAUCGUUGCAGAAGGUGCAUUGGAUGAUCAAUUAAACCCAAUUACCGCCGAACAAGUUAAGGAUGUCUUGGUAGAACUUGGUUUAGACACCAAAAUCACUACAUUGGGACACGUUCAAAGAGGUGGUACAGCUGUGGCACAUGAUAGAUGGUUAGCUACUUUGCAAGGUGUUGAUGCUGUCAAGGCCAUCCUGAACAUGACUCCAGAGACUCCAUCUCCAUUGAUUGGUAUUCUCGAAAAUAAGGUUAUCAGAAUGCCCUUGGUUGAAUCUGUGAAACUCACAAAACAAGUUGCUGCAGCCAUCGAAGCUAAAGAUUUCGAUAAAGCCAUUUCUUUACGUGACACAGAGUUCAUUGAAUUGUAUUCCAACUUCAUGUCCACCACCGUUAAUGAUGAUGGAUCUCAGCUAUUGCCUGAAGCAGACAGAUUGAACAUCGCCAUUGUUCACGUUGGUGCACCUUCUGCUGCUUUGAACGCAGCCACUAGAGCAGCAACAUUAUACUGUCUAGCUCAUGGUCAUAGACCAUAUGCUAUUACAAAUGGUUUCAGUGGUCUAAUACAAACAGGUCAAGUGAAAGAACUUUCCUGGAUCGAUGUUGAAGACUGGCAUAACCUCGGUGGGUCAGAAAUUGGUACCAAUAGAUCCGUCGCAGCAGAAGAUAUGGGUACUAUCGCAUACCAUUUCCAAAAGAACAAGUUUGAUGGUGUCAUCAUCCUUGGUGGAUUUGAAGGUUUCAAGUCUUUGAAGCAAUUAAGAGAUGGUCGUGACCAAUAUCCAAUCUUCAACAUUCCAAUGUGUUUGAUCCCAGCCACCGUGUCCAACAACGUGCCUGGUACAGAAUACUCUUUGGGUUCCGAUACCUGUUUGAAUGCGUUAGUGAAGUACACCGAUGCUAUCAAACAAUCUGCAUCAUCUACCAGACGUAGAGUGUUCGUUGUUGAGGUUCAAGGUGGACACUCCGGUUACGUUGCAUCUUUCACUGGGCUAGUUACCGGUGCUGUCUCUGUUUACACUCCAGAAAAUGCUAUUAACUUAAAGACUAUUCAAGAAGACUUGGCAUUAUUGAAGGAAAGUUUCAAACAUGAGCAAGGUGAAACCAGAAACGGUAAGCUUGUAAUCAGAAACGAAAUGGCCUCUGAUGUCUAUACCACGGAAUUGCUUGCAGAUAUCAUCACUGAACAAUCAAAUGACAGAUUUGGUGUCAGAACCGCUAUUCCAGGUCAUGUUCAACAAGGUGGUGUACCAUCCUCCAAGGAUCGUGUCAUUGCAUCCAGAUUCGCUGUGAAGUGUGUCAAGUUCAUCGAACAAUGGAAUAAGAAGAACACCGCUGCAGACAAUGAGGAUUUCAAGAUCCUACGAUUCAAUUACGUGAACGGUGUGAAGCAAUACACUGUCCUUGACGAAGAUCUAUCUGCCGCUGUGAUUUGUGUCAAUGGUUCCAAGAUUUCUUUCAAGCCAAUCGCUCAUAUCUGGGAAAACGAAACCAAUAUCGAACUCAGAAAGGGACAAGAAAUUCACUGGGAAGAAUACAACGAGAUCGGAGAUAUUCUUUCCGGCAGAAGUAUGCUAAGAAGAAAGAUCCAAAAGGAACAACAAGAAGAAUCCUCUUUACCAAGUGUGGCAGACACUCCAUUGUCAUCUGUCACAGUUUCUACCUCUGCUGCAAAAGAAGACUCAGCCUUGUAUGUUUAA